GCCAUAUCUACCUGUGGCUAGGACCUUAUCAACAUUUACAACGUAUUGUUAUUUACCUAUCUGUCCCAGGGCUGUGGAUGGCUUGAAAAUGAAGUCAUUCCUAUAGUGUAUUCUAUAUUCAUUUACUAUAGGAAGAGGAAUUGUACUUGAAUAAUAUUUAGGCUGCUUGAGUGGACAUACAAGACUUGAAGGUUAGAUAUGUGACCUUCUUUGUGGUUUGAAUCAGUCGAGAAGAAUUUUACAAACAUGGGUGCGUGCAAAGGAUGCAGCCAAUUUUUCCUCACAAUCGUCAACAUCGUUUUUUCACUGAUUGGGCUAACCCUGUUAGUGGUGGGGUCAGUCGUGAGAUGGGGUAACGAUUUUAUGAACAAUAUCCUCCAGGAUUCCUACAGCAGACUUGCCUCUGCCUUAAAGGAUGCAGGGGCUGAUACCAAUCUCAACGACUUCAACAUCGCUGACUUCGUCGGAGACGCCACUUUGGCAUUUAUAAUACUUGGCGCCUUUUUCUUUGUCCUCGGUAUUCUUGGUUGUGUAGGCGCUUGUUGCCAAGUGAAAUGUAUGCUUGUAGUGUACGUCGUUUUCCUUGUAAUUCUAUUGUUGGUAGAAAUCACAUUUAUCAUACUGAUUUUUGCUGUUAGAAGUGAGGUUGAUAGUUGGAUAAAGAAGCCGUUCAAAAAGGCAAUACAGGAAGAAUACAAAGGGAUUAGUUCAAAAGAAUCCAUUUCGAUAGCCAUCAACUUUGUAUCAGUAGAGUUUGAGUGUUGUGGUGUUGACAAUUAUGCAGACUUCAACUCGUCUAAAUUAUGGAAAAAUGAGACAGGCGAAGAGGAGAAAAACCCUCAAAUUCCAGUCAUUUGUUGUAAAAAUAGAACAAGUGAAGCUAUAGACAGUUGUAUAUAUACACCUGACCGAAAUAAUUCUUAUAUAGAUCAGGGUUGCUAUGAUGCAAUAGACACCUGGCUUUCAAAGAACCAAAACAUUAUGAUAGGCGUUGGAGCUGCUGUUUUAGCAGUUGAGCUCUUGUUGAUGAUUUUCGCCCUGGUUGUGUGUAAAUCAGGAAAGGAAAAAGAUGAGUAUGAUGAAUACCGAUAAAAUAUGGAUAAAGGUGAGAGAACCUUUGGAUGUAUCGGAUUAUAUACAAUGUAUAACAUUCUACAAAUUUUAAUCAGACAUUCCUAUCAUAAAUAUCACGAAGCUCUGCUCAGUCCUUCAGUAUUUUUUAAUUGUUUACACGCAAUUGGUUUCUUUUAUAUUUGUUCUGCUGCUCUGUGCACCUUAUGUAAUUAUUUAAGACAUUUUGUUAUGUAGGAAUGUACAGGCUUGUUUUUAUGUGUCACUACUUGAUUGAAACAACGAAGAAAAAGAUAAAUAUCAAUUUCUACAAAGUUUAAAUUAUAGUCUUUUGUAGUUAAGCAUUCUAACAAAAUGCGAAAGUCCUCUACUCCCCAUAAAAGAAAUUCUUUUUAUUAUAAAUUGCAUAAUUUUUAAAAGGGCGCAUCUUUUUAAGUGCAGCUCAAAAUGUUUGGUCUUUAUUUUUGCAUUACUGCUAUCGUUUAUGAUUUAAAUUAUUUGUUGAAAAGAAAUGCAUGAUAUACAAUAAAUAAAUAAUAUGUUUGUUAAAUCCUUGCGAUGGUUAGUGUUUUAAAAUGUGUAAUGUGAAUAAAGAUAAAUUUAACCAUAAAAAAUGGAUUUCGCUCUGAUGAUGGCAUCAAGAGGAAAGAAAGGUGAUAAUUGUGUGUAAUUAGGAUCGUUAAAUUCUUUCUAGUAGCUGUUUAUAAAAGUGUACAUCACCAGUUCUGAGUUUUUGUGUACUUACAUUCAGUUUCACCUGUUAUCUCCAUCUUGUUUCACACUGUGUGUUCUAUCAUUACUAAGUUGACAAUGACAAUGAUUUAUUCUUACAAUUGUAAAAUUAUAUAGAGAAGACGAAAUACAUGUUUUUCUUGUAUGACUGUAUUUCCUUAUUAUUUCUAAAUAAAUGAGUUGAACAUAA